AUGUCGACGAUUUCUAGCAGCCAUCCGGGUGGCGCCAACUGGGUCGAGCAGAGCAAGAACCCGCUACCGCAAGUGGUCGUCUACUCUGCCCCUGAAGCCGUGAGCAUUCCGAUGAAUAACCUUGGGACCGGCAUUGGCAGCGACGGCACCAAGGACGGCACCAAGGUUCACGCAGGCGAAGAUGACGCCUCGGAGAAUGACGCUGAGCAAGGCAGCCCUCCAGAGCCUCCUCCUGGAGAAACGUCGCGUCUUUGGAACUGGAAGACAAUGAUCGGCAUCUGCAUAGGUCUUCUCAUCCUCGCCAUCGUGGUUCCUCUCACAGUCACACUGUCCACCAGGAAUCACACCUCUGAUCCAGAUAACACCGAGAACCUUGCUACUUCUUCUGCCUCAUCGCCAUCGUCUUCCCCCACAACUACCUCUCUGACCUCUCUCCCAGCUCCAUCCUCGACUCUAACGCCGGUAAGCAGCAUGCCCUACUCACUACUUGCAGCAUCACGUAUGAUGGGCUGGGCCCUUGAUUGCGUCGAGUCUAAGUUCAUCCGAGAAGUCAACUGGCUCGGUAUCGACAAGGGUGGCGGCGGUUGGCUGUACAACUUGUACCCAGCCAAAAGCGCCCAGGACUGCUGCACAAUCUGCCACCUUGAAACUUCUGACGGAUGCAAUGGAUGGAUGUACAUACCGGAGAACUCAUCGACGCCAUCAUGUUCCAUCAUCCACGGCUUCGACGGCCCGAGCGAUAGUGACUCCUGCCCGAAGGGCCGUCCAGAUGUCGUCUUCACAAAGGCUGGCAAUAAGGAGAGCUAUGGUGGACCAGGUCCUUGUGCAGGCUCAGUGCGAGGAUGA